CAAGAACUCACGGUGAGCGGUCGCCCCUCUAACACGGCCGAUUCUCGUAUCGUUUCGGCUUUUUCCUCUGCGUAACGCGUUAUCCUACGGGCACGAAGGAAGGGCGCGAGUCGCACCGGUGGACGCUUCCACUGUUCCGGCGGUCGCCGUCUUCGCGACGCGUACACACUUCUCUCUCUCCGUAAACAGUUUUCAACGGGCACGCGCCAUUUCUCCCGACAAUUAUUCCGAUAUUCGAAUUUUCAACAGCGCACUGUCCUCGUGCUACUUAACCGCCCCCUCUCCCUUCCUCCUACCCUCCGGCUCCGAUCCUUGUAAUUGCAUCGACGGGAUAAUAAGAUUUGAAUUUCGAAUCGAGGCCGCGGUAGCGAUAACGUCCGCCCGCGAUUAACCAGCCGUGUUUUCAGACCUACCCAGUUGUUGUUCCCCUUCGCGUUGCCGUUCAUUCAACAUCCCUUUGCUCGUUUCACCCGGGAUUUAUUCAAAAAAGAAAAAAAAACAGGAAACGAACGGGACAUUUUAAUUCCGUUAUUUUCUUUGCCGAUCUCCCGAUCGGGCACGCGUCGUUGUUGGUUCCCCGAAGAAUGUUGACGUUCGCCGGAAUUGUUUCGUGAAAUCCCAGAUAAUCGUAUCGGGAAUUCAAGCCGAUUGGAUCGUUGGAGGCCAAGAUUAUGAAGAACGUAACGCUGCUAGGAAACCGAAGUCGCUGUUGCAAUUAAUUUGUCGCUGUUGGGAAACUGAUAAUCCGAGAAGAACAGAACCGAAGUCGCCAGUCUUCGACGAGAAGCUUUAACGAUGGAAUAAGCAUGACACUGUCGUAAUAUAGACGAAACUUGUGGAUCACUGUGCGAACUGAGAAGACUCCGUUGCUGACAUUGACGGAUCGAAAGCCGUGGGGACAAUCCGUAAGAAGGACAUACGAACGCAGGAGAUUCUGAACCAAGUAGAUAAAAUUGUUCGAAUUAACGAGUCCGAUGUCCAAAAUGUGUCAUUGAUACUGUGUUGAAGAAGUGUACUCUAGGAAUAUGUGUAUACCAAAGGAACUGUUCUCAAGCAUUUAAUUGAUGUUCCAAGUUUGCACAAAGGAUUAUACGUAUUCAAGAAUUUCUGCUUGAUUAAAGUAAAUUCUUCAUGCCAUACAUCUGAACGAUUUGAUUUAACUUCAAAAAUAAGGCCCAGACAUCAUCAAAUUCCAAAGUGGGAGGUCCUUUUCGAAUCUUUCGAACGAAAGUACCAACGUUCCGUCGUUUUUACACGACGAAAGAAAGAAGGAAAGAGAACGAAGGAUCUAGAUCUACACGAGAAUUAAACAGAACACACCGGGAACCAAAUAAAUAAACACCAAGAAUCACAGUUUAAAAUUGCAAGAAAUUCACGUAACGAGAUUAAAAAGCUCGGAUAAGUGAAGACGACAGUAGAAAAUCCGGCAGAUACGAGGGAGCACAAGCUAAUAGUAAGGGGGACCCGUUUAAUGUUGAUCGUGGUUCCUCCAGAAGAGGAACGACGAAGGAUGUCCUGGUAAGUCAGCGAGGAACAAGAGGGAUACUUGAUACGAGAGACCUCGACAAGGUCACCCCGGCAUCACCCUGGCUAACGACCUGUCUGGAGGUACCGGGGGCCCCGGUGCAGGCGGCGUCGGUUCCGUCGGUGGCACCUCCGUCGGCGGAGGCGGUGGUGGCGGUUCAUCGUUGCCAACGACAGCCCUCAGCCUCGACCAUCAGCAGUUCAAUAUCUUCCCCGCGAUUUUCAGCAGACAGCUGAACUUCUCUGCGGCAGCGGCUGCGAACUGUGGUCAGAACAAAUUAAUGGACGAACUAAGGCCAAACCUCGGCUUGCUCGGCGUCGGCCUCGUCGAGAACGAGAGUUUUCACCUGAACCAUAACCAGGAGAAAAGGAAGUGUAGCAGUACCAGUUCGAACGAGCAGGACUUCGGGCUUUACGGGGUCCACCAAGGCCUCGAAGCCAGCCCGCCGACACCCGCCGCGACGCCUGGAAGAAGUAGCGUCGGAGCAACUUCUACUGUUGGUGCGGAAGGAGCUUUUAAAAAAUUAAAACCAGACCCUUGUGCUUCGAGUCCGCACAUUGGUCAUACUCCUACUACCGCCAGUUGCCCAACACCUGCACGACGACGACACAGGACUACCUUCACACAGGAGCAGCUGGCAGAAUUGGAAUCGGCAUUCGCAAAAUCUCAUUACCCGGACAUAUACUGCAGGGAGGAAUUGGCGAGAUCCACUAAAUUGAACGAAGCUAGAAUUCAGGUUUGGUUUCAGAACAGAAGAGCAAAAUAUCGAAAACAAGAGAAACAGCUUCAAAAAGCCUUGACUCCAAUCCCUGCUUGCCAAGGUGCCAUGAUGAGAAAUAUCUAUCCUGGUGCUACCAGAGGUUAUCAGCCGUAUCCACAUCCCCAUAAUAGCAUAAAUGGCAUAAACCGCUAUCCACAAAUGGGUACAACGUCUUAUCCAAGUAUGACACAACCGUUUUCCAUGUCACAUUCUGCAUCGAACAUGUCGGCAGUUACUGGUAUGAGACAAGAUGCAAUGGGUAUGUCAGCGGAAGACGAAUGGUACAACAAAAGUAUCUCAGCUUUGAGAAUGAAUACGGCUCAUCAUCCGAAUCUCGCUGCUCCGAUGCUACAGUAUCAAACAUAAUUUUAAACGUGUAUGAAUGAGUUAUUCGAGAAUUAAGUACUUGAAUACGUAUCUCCGUUAAGACAAUGCAACAUUGCUGAAUUCCGUUGCGGAUGGAAAAACAAACACAGAGAACAAUAUUUCGAAAUAUCACCGAAGGAAUGUACGACGAUAAAGAAAGAAAGAAACUUGAAUAAUUCAUGUGACGCUUUUCAGGAGAGGGAAAAUCGAACUCUCAAUCAGCACGAAAUCUGUCGUGCAAACGUUCGAAGUCUGGUCAGAAUAAUUUGUUUAUUAACAUUGUACUAGAAAAAAUGGACUCUGAUUAAUAUGUUGAAAAUAAUGAGGCACAGCAAAUAUUUCAUUAUACUGUUAGUCAUAUUUUGGUAAACUACUUUGUUAAUCUCUUAGUAUCUCCCAUUAGAUAUACGUAUUCGCACACACUCCACAAUUAUUAGUGCAAGUGUUUAUCUCCGUAAAUUUCAAGCAUUGUGUGCAGGAUGCAAGAGAUGUGUUCGCUUCGACUAUUUUUCUUUCCUUUAACUUCUAGUAAUAUCGUUUUCUUUUCUAGUCACACAGUAUCUCGUCGAACAUAUUUACAUGUGUAUAAUUUUAUAACGAAUAUUCAUCAAUGUGAAUGUGUAAUUAAUUUGAGAGGCUACAACCUUUCUUGCAUUACAACAAAGUUCAAUACAACAGAUCUCAAAUUACCGUUUAUUGUUUAUUUAUAACUUAGCAGUAUAUUUGUUGAUAGGAUUAGUAAUUCAUUUUUGAAUUGUUUGUUAGGUCAAUGUUAAUCAAAUGUACGUACUUUUGUCGAUUAAUGGCGUUCAUUUUCGUAGGAACGAACAUUUGAUUGUAUACUAAAUAAAUUUAAGAACACUUAACGUCUUUCAAUUCCUUUUUUUUUCUGAAUUUCACUUCGCGUUAUUUUUUACACUUUAAUAUUGAAAAAUAAACUCGUACAUUAAACAUUUAAGCGGACGUUUAUUAUUUCACAAUUUUGUACACAGUACUGGUACAUAAAUGAUCGAGAUGCAUACGAAACAAGGAACCCAACGCGCACAUGGUCCACACGAUCUUUCAUUAGUUUCUUAACAACGAUCUAAAACAUUUUUUUGUUAACGGAGGAAACUGUAAAUAAGGGAGAGAUACAUAUACAGUGUAAUCAACAGAUAUUCUAGCAUAUGCGAUUUUUCAAUGUCCUUUUAAAAAUGUAAGCAUACCUAUCCUUAGUGGAAUUUAGGCAUUGAUUUGUGUGCUUAUGUUGGCCAGAAUUUUAAAUAAUCAGAGUGGAAGGGUAGCUGAGGGUAACUGACGAUCCUUGCGUUCGAAAUUUGAGAGGCGCCAGGUUUCGAAUCACGAAAGCUCCACUAUAUAUAGUUCUCCGUUGUUAUUAGCUAAAAUUUGUUUAAAUUUCAAGUAAGCUCGCAAGAAAUCUGACAACUAGGAAAGAAAUACGUUUCGAUAAUUAUUCAGAAGUAUUUAUCGUAAUUAUUUCUGCGAUUCGUCGCGACAUUAUGAAAUCACAUUACGAAAUAUUAUUCGCAUAAAUUAAUCUUCGAUACCAAAUUUGUGGGACUAUUAAGGUAUUUCAUUUAUAAAAUAACACUUAUGUAACAUAACCUCGAUAUAUUUAUGAAUCUUAAUGUCACUUUGAUUAGAAAUGUAUUCAUACGAUUAUUUGAAAUUUUUUUUUUAAUCUGUCCAUUUUAAGGUACUUUACCAGUCGUGGGAAGAGAGCAAUGUAUGAAUUUCUAAUUUAUUUUUAUAAUGACGAUAAGAAUGAAAAGACUGUGGGGAAGAACAAUUAACAAGACAAAGUAAUAAAAGGUAUAAGUUGUCUUUGCAUAUAUCAAUCGAUCUGAAAGUUUCGAUAAUAUAAUUUCCAUGAUAGUAAGUAUGGGUCGUUUCUUUUAUAAAAUACUGUACAUUGUUUGUAUAAUAUACAAGUUUAAUUGUAGAAGAAAAUUUUCUCUUAUUUGAAAGCCUAUUCUCCCUGGCGCCUUUCAGUGGUGAUAUUUGGAGUCUGUCCAAUCAACAAUCGUCUAUAUUGGUGUCAUUUUUCGAUAAGUGUCUAAUGCAUAUAUUGAAUGAGAAUGAAGCUGCAGAAUGACUGCAUUGUUUUCAUGUAGUUUUACUGCGAUCUUAUUAUUAAUAUCACUCGCGGUGUUCCACGCGAAAUGUUCCUAAAAAUUUGUAACAUAUCACACGAUAUACGAACACACAUGCACUUAUACAUACACGUGUGUACGUUACAACAGAGCAUAUGCAUACAACGUAUACACUAUCACAUGCACCGCGUAUGUCGACGAAACAAAAAAAAUGGUUUAGGUGGCGUUAAAGAUUAAGUGGAAAUGCAUACCG